GUUGUCUGAAGCUGGUUCGGAGCAGGGCUGGGGUUGCCCUGACAUUUCUGGGACCGCGGCCAGCCAAGAAGGGAAAGAAGAAGAAAAGACCAGUCUUUUACCAUUUGCUUUUGUCGAAGUGUGGAGAAAGGGGAAAGGGAAGCGCCCUUUUUUUGUCAGCAUCACAUUCCUGUGUUUUUCUUCAGCCUGGAAAAUACAUUAAUGGUGGUGCUUUCCUCUCUGGAAACAAAGGAGCUAAACGGGACUGUGGAAGGAGGAGGUGGGAAGGAGGCUUGGGAAGUUUAAACGAGGAAGACUUGUAGCAGCUGGGAUUUCCCUUUUCGUAAAUGAAAUCCCUGCCUGUGCAGGUAACCGAUAGAGCACAAAGCCAGAACUGCAGGUAAAUGGAGAGGCAGAGAUCUCAAAGGAAAUUUCCUCUACCCUCAUCCUGCUUGUCAAGAAAGUGAAAAAGAAAAAGUUAAAAGAUACACAGGGAGACGGACAGGCUCUGGGACCUGCUGGUCUGUGUACAGAUAAAUCACUGGGCAGCAGCAAAGCUGUAUGGCAUUGGUCUCCUUUUAAAGGAAAAAGACGUGAAACCUCGUUGCUGGAAGGGGAACUUCGCUGAGUGUAUUGCACAAUGAACUGGAGGCGAGCUCUCAGUUUAUCCCUGCUGUGGGCAGCAUGGCUAGUGUGUGGCUCUGAGAAGACAGGGAGGCUAGCAGAGAGAGGGAGCCAUAGAGUUAAGAAAGUGCCCCUGGCUUACAGGGCUCCAAGCAGCCUCCUGAGAAGGUCUGGAGCACCCCUGAGGAAUUCAAACCUGAAUCCCCAACACCCUGUGACUAAGAGGGAUUCUUCAGCACCUCCAAAGGCACCUGCCAAUCUCCUGCAAGGGGAAGCGCAUUCCCAGGCCAGGGGCAUGGGGACCAGAACAAGACGGGUACAGAGACUCACAGCUGCAGCCAAAUACUCCAGGUCUGAGAUGAUUAAGGAUGAAGGGAUAUCCCCUGCCUCACAGUCACGAGUGGUACGUUUCCCAUCAGGGUCAAGUUCUCCCAAUGUCCUGGCCAGCUUUGCUGGGAAAAAUCGGGUGUGGGUCAUUUCUGCCCCCCAUGCCUCUGAGGGAUACUACCGGCUCAUGAUGAGCCUGCUGAAAAACGAUGUUUACUGCGAACUGGCUGAGAGGCACAUCCAACAGAUUGUGAUGUUCCAUGAAGAAGGGGAAGAAGGGGGAAAAGUCAGAAGGAUAACCAACGAAGGAAAAAUUCUGGAGCAGCCACUAGAUCCUGCACUCAUACCUAAGCUCAUGAGCUUUCUGAAACUAGAGAAGGGGAAAUUUGGCAUGGUGCUGUUGAAGAAAACUCUGCAGGUGGAGGAAAGGUAUCCUUAUCCAGUCAGGCUAGAGGCUAUGUAUGAAGUUAUUGAUCAGAGCCCCAUCAGAAAAAUUGAGAAGCUGAGACAGAAGGGCUUCAUUCAGACUUGCAAAGCAGCUGGGGUGGAGGGACAAGUGGUUGAGGAUGGCAAUAAUGGGGGCAGCACCCAUGGUGGUGGACAUGUCCAGGUGUCAGCAAGGAAGGAGGAGCCAAGGAGGAGCAAUAAUCAGCCCACAAGGACCAAAACAGUGAGGAAAUCAAUGACAACCACAGUGGCCACUCCUCUGCCUACAGUAAGGACCACUACCCUCCCUCCCACCACUACAACUACCCGUGCCACCACCCGUGCAGUGACAACAGCAAGUCGGUCUACGACAACAACUACACCCCUCCCCACCACGCAGAGGACCUGGACCACAAAGUCACAUUCCACCACAGAGUACCACAGGCUGCCAGUAGGCCCUGAUGCCACGACACCACGAGUCACAGCCUCUCAGGAUUUCUACUCUCCUGUGUGGAAGGCAAACCGCAGGGACCGGCAGCGCAGCCACCCAGAGAAACACCUGCUGGCCACAAGGAAACCAAGCAAAGCUGCCCACUAUGACAGUUUCACAGAAGUCCCAACAGCUCCCUCAGUGCACUACACAAAGGCAAAUGUGGGCAGAUUUAAAGAUAACCGAACAGACAGGAAGGACUAUAACCAUAGAGACCUGAACAUCACACCAGGACAACACAAACCAACUAAGACUAAAUCGCCAAAAAAGAAGGCUCAAGAAAAGAUAUUGAGCAAUGAAUAUGAAGAUAAAUAUGACCUGAGCAAGCCUGCCAGUUCCCAUUUAGAGGAAGAGAUUGCAACAGGAAAUAUUCCCCCAAAGAAAGGAAAAGAAUCAAAGAAGCAUGAGCGAAUGGAUAAACCCGAGAAGAAGAAGAAGAAGGACAGACCUGACAAGGUGCACAAGAGUGAGAAGCAAUCCAAGAAGGACAAAGCAGAGAAAAAGAGCAAGCAGGACAAAGACCGCAGCAAGAAGAACAAGAAGGGGAGCAGGACUGAAAAUGAGGAUUUCCCCAAGCCAAACAAGAAGCCUUUCCUACAGCCUCCCAGGAAAUCGGCAGCCAACCUUUUGGAAUAUUUUGAAGGCAAAAGGCGGCUCAUUCUGAUCACAACCCCCAAGGCGGACAACACCAUGUAUGUACAGCAGCGAGAUGAAUAUUUGGAAAGCUUCUGCAAGAUGGCAACAAGGAAGAUCUCAGUCAUUACAAUUUUUGGCUCCAUGAACAACAGCAGCAUGAAAAUUGACCACUUCCAGCUAGACAAUGAAAAGCCCAUGAAAGUGAUAGAGGAUGAAGAUCUUGUGGACCAGCAGCUCAUCAGUGAGUUGAGGAAAGAGUAUGGGAUGACCUACAAUGAUUUCUUCAUGGUUCUGACUGACACUGACAUGAAGGUCAAGCAAUACUAUGAAGUACCCAUAGCAAUGAAGUCUGUAUUUGAUCUGAUUGACACCUUCCAGUCACGAAUUAAAGACAUGGAAAGACAGAAAAAAGAGGGCAUUGUCUGCAAAGAAGAUAAGAAGCAAUCCCUUGAGAGCUUUUUAUCCAGGUUCCGAUGGAGAAGGCGGCUGGUGGUGAUCUCUGCUCCCAGUGAUGAGGACUGGGCCUAUUCCCAGCAGCUUGCUGCUCUCAGUGGACAAGCUUGCAAUUUUGGUCUGCGCCAUAUAACCAUCAUCAAAUUGCUAGGACUUGGAGAAGAUAUUGGUGGUGUCUUAGAGUUGUAUCCAAUAAAUGGUAAGUGA